AUGACUGAUAUGUUACCAUUAGCCACUUACAAUUUGAACAUUGAACCAUACACACCAACACCAGCUAUUGAUAUUGAUAUGCCAGUUACUAUCCGUAUCACAAUGGCUGCUUUGAAUCCUGAAGCUUACGAUAAGGAUAAGACUCCUUCCACUUUGAGAGUCAUUAAAAGAAAUCCAGAUUAUAAUGACGGUGAUAUUGAUGAUGUUUUGAAUGGUGAUUUUGAUGAAGAUGAAAUGGAUGAUGCAAGUUCAGAAGAAGAAGAAGAAGAAGAAAAAGAAACAAAGAAGAGUAAAACUAAGAAGAGUAAGAAAGAAGAAGAAAGUGAAGAAGAUAGUGAAGAUGAAGAUGAUAUCGAUGAUGAAUUUGAAGAAUUCGUCUUGGUUACUUUAUCUCCUAAAUCACAAUUCCAACAAGCUUUGGAUAUAACUAUUGCUCCAGAAGAAGAUGUUCAAUUCGUUGUUACUGGUUCUUAUAGUAUUUCUUUGAGUGGUAACUAUGUCAAACAUCCAUUUGAUACUCCAAUGAUGGACGAUGAAGAUGAACAUGAAGAUGAAGAAGAUUAUGAUAGUGAAGAAGAUGAUGAGGAAUAUUCGUCUGCCGAGGAUGACUUGGAUGACAUCAGUGAUGAAGAAGUUAAAAUUGAAGAAAUAGAGGAAAAUGAAGAAGAAAUAAAGAAAGAGUCUAAGAAGGAAACCAAGAACAAGAAAAGAAAGCAAGAAGAAGAAGCUAAAGCUGAAGCUGAAUCUAACAAGUCUAAAAGGGUAAAGAAAGUGGACUUCAAGAAAGAUUUGGAAGAAGGUCCAACAAAGAAGAAAGAUGAAAAGCCAAAGGCCAAAGUACUAGAGGGCGGUAUUAUGAUUGAAGACCGUGUUGUUGGUAAGGGUCCUCAAGUUAAGAAAGGUUCGAAAAUCGGUAUGAGAUAUAUCGGUAAGCUUAAAAACGGUAAAGUUUUUGACAAGAACACCAAUGGUAAACCAUUUUCUUUCAAACUAGGACAUGGUGAAGUUAUUAAAGGUUGGGAUAUCGGCGUUGCUGGUAUGGCAGUUGGUGGUGAACGUCGAAUUAUCAUCCCAGCUCCAUACGCAUACGGUAAGCAAGCCCUUCCAGGGAUCCCAGCUAAUUCACAAUUGACCUUUGAUGUCAAGUUAGUUUCAAUGAAAUAA